AUGCUGGCUGUUGAAACCUGUCACAGAGAGAACCUUGCAACUGUUUGUGAAGACAAUUUUGGAAUGGUCAAUUAUGGGGAGAAGACUUGGUUGUUGCAGUCAAGAAGCAGUGAUGGAUUCAGAGAAUCAAUUCUCCCUCCUCCAGACCCAGGGCCAAACUAUGCUAAAUUCUUGGAUGAUUACAUUGCUAAGUCAUUGUUUCUGGUUUCCAAUUAUCUGUUAUGUACUCAAAAGCUUGAUGAGAUGGCUCUUAAGAAAUCACGGCUAUUAGUCCAUAUGAUGUCGUAUAUGCCAAGAUCCAUGGUACAGCUAAUGGCGUUGCAAUGA